GUGAGCCGGAAGGAGUCAGCGGUCACCUCCCGGCUCUGGGAAAUGCAGGGAGGUGAUGGCAGUGAGGGGCCUGGUUUGCCCGGCUCCGGUGACUUCCCCUCCCCGGAGGACGCUGCCAGGAAAGGAAGAAUGGCGAUUUACAUACCACAGCAGGGCUAAUCCACCCCUAGCCUCUGAGUCACAGCCUGCCGGCUUGAGACAUCCCGGGAAAUCCCGGCUUGGAAGAGAGGAAACGUUAAAAUCGCAGUUGCUGGGCUUGUAACCAUUCCGUGCAGCGUGCGUCCAUCCGAGCACGCUGUUCCCUUGUAAGGAAGAGACGCUGUCCCUGUUUUCCACGCGCUGUGGGCUUUUGAAACUUUGUAUGCUUGGCCUCCCUUGAAACGACACCUCAAGAGCCAUUUUCUUUCUUCUUUUCCUUCUGCUCUCCAAGACACCAGGACAGACAGCCCCCCCGGCGCACCCUGAGCAGGGCACGCGGAGAAUGAGCGCUGUGGAAGGCGCCACGGAGCCCACGGAGUGUGCUGACCCAUCCAGAGGAAAGAGCUCGACAAAUCCUCUUGAACGAAAGAUAAGGUGCCUGGAAAAACAGAGAAAAGAGCUCCUGGAGGUGAACCGGCAGUGGGACCAGCAGUUCCGAAGCAUGAAGGAGCUGUACGCCGGGAAGCUUGCAGAGCUGCAGACGAAGCUGGAGGCCACAGAGCGAUUCCUCAGCGGCCUGGAGAAGGGACGGCCAGCGAGCCCCAGGGCCAGCGCCGGGCCCGCGGACCUGGCCCAGGAGCAACAGCAGAGAGAAGAGAAGGAAAAGCAGAGCCAGAGUGAAGAAUUACUCGCGUUGAAGAAAGAAAACAAGCUGUUGAAGGAGAACAAUGCCGCCAUGAGCAGGAGGCGGGAACAUUAUGAAUGUGAAAUAAAACGCCUUAACAAGGCUCUUCAGGAGGCCCUGAAGGUCGAGUGCGCUCCGCUUCCCGAGGACCGUCUGGGGGGGCCUGAGGCGGGGUGCGGGCACGAGGACAUGAGGACAGAGAUGGAGGUGCUCAGACAGCAGGUGCAGAUCUACGAGGAAGACUUCAGAAGGGAGAGGUCAGACCGAGAGAGACUCAACCAAGAGAAAGAGCAGCUGCAGCAAAUGAACCGGACGUCGCAAUCCCAGCUGAGCCAGCUGAAGUCCGAGGUAAAAGCGUGCCGGCUGGAGCAAGAAAGGCUGGAACGGCAGUUGGAACAGAUGCGCAUCCCGGCCUGUCGCUGCGGCCUGGGUCUCCACCUGCCGGACGCGGGCGCCCCCGCCGGCCCCGGGGCCGUGCCGGACCUGCCGAGGCUGCCGCCAGACCGCCAGCGUGGUGCUCCGGGCCGGCUGCCCCCAGACGCGCAGCACGCGGCGCACGGUUUCUCCUCAGAAAAGAAAGAUGACCAGUAGCCCGAGGAGCAUGGGCGCAGGGAGAGCCCGACGGGGUGCUCGCUGCCCGUGACAGUGGCUCGCGUCCGCCAGCUGCCCUGUCACCUGCCCCGCCCCCGUGUGACGCCUGGGCCCGGGCAGAGGAAAAGGCUCUGACGGCUGAGAUCCCGUGGGGUCUGCGAGGCCAGGGUGGCACGGCCCACACACCGCCGUGUCCGCGGCACAGACUGGCAGGCGAUCGCGCGCCACUCCCUGAGACCCCGGCACACGCCAUGGGGUGCACAGGGGCAGCUCCGUGAUCCCGGCAACUCCCCGCUGGUGCGAGAUUGUAUUUGACGGGAACACAUGUUCCCCGAGGAAAGUGUCUGCAGUGGUACAGGUUGGCUCUGAGGGUUUUUGGGGGGCUCAGCCUGGAGGCGGUUUAGCCAGGCCUCACUCCGACCCUCACUCCUGGCCUCAGAGACCCAAAGGCAGGACCGAGGAGGUGUCGAUCCUUGUGGGAACCACAUGAGUGCUUCGACCUGAAUAAAAUGAUAAGCUUGCCACUUUUCCUUACUCGAGGUGCGGAGAACGGGGCGCCGCCUUCGUGCGGGGCGACUAGACCGUGAGGGGAGUCCUGGCGGCACCACUGGCUGGGCCCCGUGUGCGCCCAGAAGCAGCUCAGAGACCUGGGGUUUGCGGUUAAAUGUGUGGUUUUGUUUCCUGUGGAUUCGAGUGGCUGUUAAUGAAAAGCAUAACCCCAGCUUCUCACGCCAAUUAAAAUGCAAAGCAAAUG